AUGUCAGGCACCUCCACCGCUGCGGCCACCUCCGCGGCCCCACUCUUUCGGGAGUACCGCGUGCACCACACCACUGCCGAUGGCAUCCUUGUGCAGCUACCCAAGAGUAAGGGCUUCGGCCGGCUCACCACCGCGACUCUUGGCAAUGAUCUGCUGGCGAAGCGUCUUCACACGAGCCUCUCGACCCGAGAGCACGUGAUCGCCAUACCAAUGCGCUCGCGCGAUGCCCAGGGGUACCGGCUGCUAACAGUAGACUUGAAGGAGGGCUUUAGCGCGAUACUCACCUACCCCGAGCCGGUGCGCCGCCUUGUGCCGAGGCUUCUACGCAAGCACAUGCUGGUCGGACUCGGUACUACUGCUCCAGCUCGCCUGGUGCGCGGUUCUGCCAAGGGCUCAGUGCUGACCAUUCAGCCUCGCAUAACGGCGGUGGCGGCACUGGAAGACCUGACCAAGGAUGCCGCCUCCGCACCCCUCAAGUCCUUCAGCGGGGCCGCAUCGCGUCCCCAUCAGCGGCAGAAAAGCCGCGGAGGCGGCAGCGUCGGUAGUGGCAGCGGCGACGACGAUGAGCACCACACCGACCAUGCGCAAGAAGUCAGUCCACUGAGCGCAAACGCAGAGGGACAAAAGGCGGCGGCGUGCAGAAACGCCAUCGAGGUGCGCAUUCUCAACUACGAUGUGAACGCCGACGUCGUCAAUGUGACAGCGAAAGCGGAGGUGGUUGAGGGCACGCCGCUCGACACGGCCGUCUCCGAGGCAGCGCUGGCCACACUGCACCCUGGAGACUUCGUAUCCUGCACAGUUCUCCUCUCGUCAACGGAUGACGGCUGUGCUGUUGUCCAGAUACCUCUGCGGAGCGUCACCGUAGACUUGCAUGACAGCAGCAGCGCCUGCGCAACUGUGCUGGGCUACUACGUGUACGACUGGGACGGCAAAGGGGUCUCCGAGGCGCCGGUGGUUGGUCACACGGUGGAUCUCGUGGUCGAGUUCUGCCCUGAAUUUUCGGCUCUGCGUAGCGUGGCGCCGUUUGUGAUUUUGUCGGAUCGACUUCGUCAGUUUCACCGCCUUCCAGCAGUGCGUCAGAUCCCCAGGGUCACGAUCGAGACCUCGACGCCGGCGUCGGCCUCUGCUUUGCCUGCGACCACCACCCCCACACCUCCUGCUGCGGCGCGCGGACUGCUGGGGUUCUUCCCGUGGCGGACCGAGUACGCGGCGAUGGCAAACCGCUCCGAGGAGAGCGAGGACAUCGAAGACGCAGCCGAGGGUCUCCGCUGCCACGGCACGGCUCAGGAUCGUCAGCAACGAGCGCGCCGCCGAAAACUAGAGGAAGCAAUCGAUGCCUACGAGCGCGGCAUAGAGACGGCAGUGCCGACCAGCCCGGAGGAGUUCCAGCGUCUGCUGCUUGCGAACCCGAACAGCAGCUACAUGUGGACACAAUAUAUGGCCUACCACGUUGGCCUGCAGCAGUACGAGACAGCGCGUCAGGUGGCCGAGAAGGCACUGAGCACCAUCGGUGUGCGUGAGCAGGAGGAGCUGCUGAACGUCUGGGUAGCGUACCUCAACGUCGAGAACCUGUACGGCACGGAGGAGUCGCUCUCAGCGGUGUUCCGGCGCGCGCAGCAACGGCAGCUGAACCAGCUCGCACUAUUUGAGCGACUCGCCGACAUUUACACGGCGUCGCGCAAGCCUAAUCAACUCCUUGCAUUGUGUCGUGCCAUGACAGGCAAGUUCCGCACUGAGCGUCGCGCGUGGGAGCGUCUUGGCAUCGUCCUCAUUGAUCAAGGCAAGCGCGAUCAGCUGAAGCGGACUUUGAAGGACAUGGGCAAUAUGCUGAAGCGCGAUGACGCGACGCUGGCUAUUGUGCACAUUGCUAUUCAUGAGUACAAGCACGGGAAUCCCGAGAAUGGGCGCGCGCUCUUUGAAGGUCUGCUGCGCAAGGUGCCAAAGCGAUCUGACGUUUGGUCAACCUACACGGACCAAGAGAUGGGACUGCUGAUCCGCAAGGACCCGACGGGGUCAACACUUCAGGUACGGCAGAUCUUCCAGCGCGCUGUCGCGAUGAACUUCUCAGCAAAGGUGAUGCAGCAGGUUCUCACGCGCUUCCUCUCCUUUGAGAAGCUGCACGGCACGCUGACUGACGUCGAGGCGGUGAAGAAGUGUGCGCGCACCUAUGUGGAGGCAAAGAUUCACACCAUGACCGACCCCAGCAUCCCUGACGCGGCGGACGCGUGA